CGGAACUCGACAUGCUUGGUCCACCUGCGGAAGAUACCUGUCUUAACGAAAACUCAUCACCGGCUCCAUACGAUCCUCACGGGCUGGCUUACGGUGGUCUUGUGGACGACCCGUUCUUGCUUCUCACUUGCUUCUCGGUGACUCACUUUGAGGGCCAAGCCAGGGUGAUGGCAUUGCAUUGGGUUCUCAACGCCGUUCCAAAACUUAUCGAAUAAGAGGUCUGCGGGUCCCAAGGAGGAGAAUGACGCUGCGCCACUCGAGAGGGUCUGGAGAGGAUCGUCAGGCGGACUCGACCUGGAC